GGUUUCUACCCGGACGACAUUGACAGACGCACCACACACCUGACCCGUGUCCAUCCAGCACACGCUCUCUCCUCCCUCACCAUGUCCAGCGGGGCCGUCCUGAGGGCUCUGGUGUCCCGCAGCCUGGAGGCCGUGUCCCGGGAGGUCCUGGCCGCGGUGGACAGCCUGGUGUCCGGAUACGAGGAGCAGAUCCUCCGGCAGCAGGAGCAGCUGGAGCUCCUGCAGGUUCACAUCUCUGUCAGCAAACCAGGUGUGAUGGGCAGCAGGAGCCUCGGCCCUGUUGAGGAAGAGGAGGAUGAAGAGAAGGAGGACGAGUCCACGGAGCAUCCAGAGGCUUCAACCAAUGAAUCUCCAUCAAGGUGUCAGUAUAAGAAGAGGAAUCCCGGCGGACCUCAGAUCAGUGAAACACAGAACCACGUGGACCUCAGGAUCCGGAUCCUGGAGGACUCUCGUACCGAUGUGCUCUCAAACAACGUUCUGAAGAAGAGUCCGGUGCUGAAGCUGAGGUGUCCCCGAGGCCUCCGGGAGCCGGACUUUGUGGCCCUGCUCCGGUCCGCCUUCCCUCAGCUGUCCGGAGACGACGGUCGCUUUGACGUCUUAACGUCGGACAAGAGACGGAGGUUGAAGCCUCUGAGGGUGAAGACGCUGACGGCGGAGGAGAUCCACAAGAACGUCAGCGGCACGGGACGGAGGUCGACGCUCUACAUCCGACUCAAGAAGGAACCUCAGACCAGAGAGGAAGAGACGCAUCAUCUUCAGACAAACGACAACGACGCUGUAGAGUCUCUGCAGACGUGUGAUGAGACCAGACUUCAAACAAGCAGCUCUGUUCAGGAGGUGGAAGGUAGCAGAGAAGACGUGUCCAUCGGCUCAACAUCACAACAUCAAGACAUGGAAACAGAGGAAGCUGAUGAUGAAGAAGACGGUGGGACGUCAGAGCCAGCUGAGAGUAAACGGGACGGUAACGAUGUUGAAAAAGAAGAAGUGAAUCACAGCGACGACGAUUGGAAACAAGAAAAGAGCGACGAAGAGCCGAAAGAGAGCGACUCUGAACCGCAGACAAAGACGAGGAGGAAAGAAAAAGACGGACGUUCUGCCGUGAAUAAGACCGAGAGCAGCGAUGUUCUCUGCUGCAAGGUCUGCGGAGCUCUGCACCAAUCAGAGGUGGCGUUUAUCAGACACGCCCGGAGCCACGCGGACGAUCCAGGAAGUCUCUGCGGAGUGUGCGGAGAGCUCUCGGAGUCCGCCGACGCGUUGAGGGGUCACCUUCAGAGUCGCCACAAAACUGAGGACUGCCCCGUUUGCGGAGAGUCUUUCCUCGGAUGUCUCGGCCUCGACGAGCACGUGGCCGCCCACUCGGGGGAGAAACCGUACGAGUGUGACGUUUGCCACGAUGCAUUCGCUCUGAAGGCGACCCUGCAGGAUCACCAGAGACUCCACAAGGCGGGCAAACUGAACAAAUGUUACACCUGUCAUAAAGUGUUCUCACUGAAGGAACACCUGAGCGCUCACCGGAGGACUCACACCAACAAAAAGACGCACCUCUGCGGCGUGUGCGGAAAAUCCCUCAGCGACUACCGGUCCCUGACCCGCCACAAGAUGACCCACUCCGGGGAAAGACCGCACGGCUGUCAGAUCUGCGGGCGGCGUUUCAAACUCCCCGGGACCCUUAGGCAGCACGAGAAGAUCCACGCGGACAGAGAGCGCUCGUACCUCUGCGACGUUUGCUGCAAGAUGUUCCUGACGAGCAAGCAGCUGCAGAUCCACCUGAGGACGCACAGCGACGAGAAGCCGUACCACUGCGGCGAGUGCGGCCGGGGGUUCACCACCAAGGGGCCGCUGACGAUUCACAUGCGGGUCCACACGGGGGAGACACCGUACCGCUGCCCCGACUGCGGCUGGGCCUUCAAACGCAAGAUCAACCUGGACAACCACGUGACGAUCCACUCGGGACUCAAGCCGUUUGUCUGCGGGAUAUGUGGGAAAGCGUGCGCCCGGAAAUCCUACCUGACGGUCCACAUGAGGACCCACAACGGGGAGAGACCCUACAAGUGUUCCCUCUGCGACAAGGCCUUCACCCAGAGCCAUUGUCUGAAAACACACAUGAAGAGCCAUCCGGUGGUCGAAGCCGCGACGUGACACUGACUGAACAGACUGAAUUCAUAUUUAAAUUAACUCCUGUGAGACUGUGAAUCGUUGUGUUUUCUUCUAAAUUUAUUUAUUGUUUCAUGAAGUUAUGUAAAUGUUUUGUGCAAAGUGGCAUGUAACGCGAUGGGAGAAUAAAAAUCUCAGUUUUGAGCUGAACUGAAGUAUUUAUGAUAUACUAAUACUAAAGUACCACAGCAUGUUCACAAUGACGUAAAAUGAAAUGC